CACUCAUUUGCCCUCUGGCCUCGGCUGUGCGGACAUGCUGCUCUCCUCCUCCUCCUCGGCCGCCGCUCCCAGAUUCACCUCGCCGCCGCCGCUCCCCCCUGUCCGCACCCCGCCGCGACCCCGGCCUACUACUGCCGAGACCCCUCCCGCCUCGUAGGCCGCGCUUCGUGGUCGCCACACCCGCACCGCCGGUGGCGGCGCGCGAGAGGCCGGCCGCUCCUCCUGUGCCGCGUGGUGUUCGUCGCGCGGCGAUGGGGCGGGAAUGCAGUGAGAUGAGAUGGUAGUGGUUCGCUACUCCCGGAGGUGCAGGUGUAAAUGCAGUCCAGAAAUUCGGGAUGAGCCCCCUCUCUGAGCUGGUGUGGUCUCCGGAUGAGGGUUUGAGCAUUAAAAUUGCAGCGUCCAGCCUAAGCACAAGGAAGGCUUCUCUUCGCUGGAAUGCAGAUACGUUGAGCAUAGUAAUAUCUUCACCUCAACAAAGUGGUGCUGGUGGUGCAAAGAGCAGUGAUAACAUAUAUGAUAACCUGCUAGAGGUGUCAGAAAAGAUGCCAUCACAACUACGGGCUCACAGUGACAGCUCACUGAGAGUAACAGCUAACCCAAAUAGAAUCACAAACCUUGAUGCCCUACAAUCUACGUCAAUGAGAUCGCAAGAGCAAGACUCAACAGCGAUUAAUUUUUUGAAUGCUAAACUUGUGGAGUGCUGUGAAGGGAUCAAUGUUAUGAAUGAAGGGAAAGAAAGGUCUGAAGACUGCUGCGUGGAUAAGCCAGAGGACAUGGAAGUGGGUAGUUGUCCAACAAGAUGUUGCAAGGAUGCUUCCCACGGUUCAGCUUCCAGAAAAGAAGUCAUGGCUAGUAUUUCAGAAAACCAGGUUUACUGUGCAACCACUGUCCACAAUGAAAGAUCUUGGGAAACUAAUGCCUGGCGUGCUCGAUUAAUAAAAGCAGUUUGUCAGAAAGACUCUAUGUUGCCAAAGAAAACAGAGAAUGCAUUGCCACAUUCUACCUUAGGAAUUUCAUGUGGUGCAGGAGAGGUCUCAGGCAAAUUGGUAGGUUUCCUAGAUAACAGAAAUGUUCAGAGUCCGGGCGAUGAUAGCAAUGUUAUUAGUAAUGUUCCAGUAAUUCCUUCCUGUGACAAUCACCAAGAUCCAGUUCUGCAGGAAAGCCAUAAUGAUGAGCCUGUUGUUGCGAGAGGGGGGUCAGCAUCUGCUGUCAAUGCUGUUGCAAAAUGCGAGUCAGCACCUGGAGUUGAUGCCAGAAGGCUUGAGAAGGGAAAAGAAAAAGUUGUGUACAAUGACAGCAAUUGUGUUGGCAAUACGAAGAAGAGUGAUGACAGCAAUGAGAGCAUAGAGAGCUGUACGAGCACAAAACCCCCAAAGCGGAAGCAUGCGCAGUGUUCUGAAGCCAUGAUGCCUUCUGGAAACAAAAGAUUUAGAAGGGGAGACAAUGAGAGCUCUUGCUCAGGCUUAUUGGAAAAAUGUGGUAGCUCUUUCUUUAACUGGAUGUCAUCACUCACAAAUGGGUUACCCAUGUUUGAUGAAGCCACUGCUGCUGUUGCACUUGACCAGAAGUUUUCAGCAAGUACAGGAGAGGGAUCUGCAGCACCUCCCCUGCCACUUCAAAACAAUAGCGGCAUUCCUAUGCACUGUGUUGGCUUCAAUUCACUCUUCCAGUCUCUGUAUACUCAUACUGUUAUGAUAACUUCAAGAAAUAAUUGUCGUCAACCAGAAAGCAACUGCACCGGGCAUGUUUUCAAUAGACUGACUCUGGAAUUAAAUAAUAGCAAUUCUAUGUUGGACAAACAAAUUGGCAUGGGCAGAGAAACUCUUGAUGUGACUGCUGAUACUUUAGCUGCUGAACGCUUUCAGAUGGUUUCUGGUGGUAGUAGAGGAAACUUUCAUAAUCAAAUCGAUAUAUCCCCAAUGAGACCAGAGAAAAAUAUGAAACUGCCCAACUCCAGUCAGUUUUGUUCUAAACCUCUUGAAGAAAAACAAACUGAUUGCGCUGUUGGUUGCUCAAAUGAUGCAACAAGAAAUAAAGGUGGUUUCAUGGAAAGCUUGUGGGUAAGUCGGCUUUUGCCAAAAACAUCAUUGGAAGUGAUGGAGGCAACACCAUGCAAUGUAGAGAGUGCUGUUAAUCCAAAGGCUGUGGGUGACAUGUUGUAUUGUCCAUCUGUUCAGAAUCUCAAUGAGAAGGAAUUGAACAUUAUACAAAACUUCACUGGCAGAGGAAGCAGCGAUGGUGCAACAAGUAGUAAAUGUCCAGCAAUGCCUCCAGAAGAACCUAAGCAAUCUGAAUCAAUGGCUUCUGUUUUUGCAAAGAGAUUGGAUGCACUUAGACAUGCAAAGACCUCUGCAUUAAGGUUGACUGUCGCAUGUGAUCAUGGAAUACCCAAACUGAAUAACCACAAAACGAACUCUUUAGUUGUUAGUUACAGCAGCCAUGAUGAGCUAGAGGUGGGACAUGGAACUCAUAAAUCUUCUAGCGGAAAUGGAAGAAUAGUUUUGUGUGCAGAUGACAAAGGUAAGGGACAAUUGUGUACUCAAAGUAACGAAGAGUUAAGAGGAAAUUUUUUGUCUGAGCGUGAGCAUCAGGAUCAUGGAGGAAGCACAGCUGGAAAAUCAACUCCUCAGCAUAAUUUGGAAGUGAACACAUUGGCCGAAGAUGUUGAUAGAAGAAGAGUAGAAUUGAAGGGAGGAGUCUCAGAUUUUGUGGCUAGUCUGCCAGAUAACAAGCAAAUUGUACCUUACGGCAUUAUACCCAAUGUUGUCUCUGAUGAAUCAAGUGUUGUUUUUGGAGCCUUGCAUAGGCUUCGCUUGUCUCGCUCAGAUAUAAUAAGAUGGCUGAGAUCACCGAUCAUGGACACUACCUUAGAUGGCUUUUUUGUGCGACUACGAUUUGGUAAAUGGGAGGAAGCAUUGGGUGGCACUGGAUACCAUGUUGCCCGCCUGAACGGAGCACUGGAUAGGAAUCACCUUUCUGUAACGAUCAGAAAUUCAACCUGUCAAGUAGAUUCUCGCUUUGUAUCCAACCAUGACUUCCAUGAGGAUGAGCUGAGGGCAUGGUGGUCUGCUGCCAUGAAGGGUGAAUGGAAGCUACCAUCAAAAGAAGAACUGAGUAUGAAGCUAAGAGAAAGAGAGCUACUUCGUUCUUAGAACACAACGAAUUCGACACCCCACAGCAGUACCGAAAUACCGAUGUUUUUCUAUCCAUCCUGCUAGUUUCCUUGAUGGUAAAUGCCAGCCAGUUAACGUGGCAUCAAUUGUUUCGGCACGAUAAGCUCUAUACUGCUCGUUUUUUGCGGUGUCAUAACUACCGCUCGGCCGCAGUUGGUCUGAAAGGGCAACGACGCUAUCUUCAUCAUCCUUGGUAUUGUCCAGGUGUAUCAGGAUGUGGUUCUUUGCUGAGCUAGGGGUCGGUUGUAACAUCAGCUUGUUGUGUACUAGCAUAUAUAUGAUUUGAUUUUUUUUUUUUUUGUGAUGGGAUGGGAUGCUGUGUGUGUUAUAUCAUCCUGUCUGUAAAUAGGAAGCUACUGACAAUGGUACAGUUGUAUUGCUGUUAACUAAUACUUCCUCGAAAUAAGAUUUAUCGUUCGGCACUGCCGUUUCCUGUU